AAUUUUUUUCCCUGCUUCUAAGCUCUGCUGCUUCUAAGCUCACUCCAGAGCGAGCUCUUAGCCGCACCAAAGCGCAAGCUUUGAUACUUCUGUUCCAAAAAUGGCUCCCGUUCAUCGAACCCUACUCCUCCUCUUCUUCGCCUCCGCCUUCUUUCUCCCGCUUUCCACCACUUCUGCGACUCAGAAAGUCUCCCUCGCUCUCUACUACGAGGCCCUCUGUCCCUUCUGCUCCCGCUUCAUCGUCCUCUCCCUAUCCAAGAUCUUCUCCGACGGCCUCAUCUCCAUUGUCGAUCUCCGCCUUGUUCCCUACGGGAACGCUGUGAUUGGACCCAAUUCCACCAUCAUAUGCCAGCAUGGGCCGUCUGAAUGCUUUCUGAACACUGUCGAAGCUUGCGCCAUUAAUUCCUGGUCGGAUGUGCAAAAGCAUUUUAGUUUUAUAUAUUGUGUUGAGAAUUUGGUUAUCGCGAAUAAAUACAGUGAUUGGGAAUCUUGUUUUCAAAGGACUGGAUUGGAUCCACAUCCUUUGGUGAACUGCUACAACAGUGGACACGGGCAAGAGGUUGAACUCCAGUUUGCAGCACAAACCAAUGCUCUUCAACCCCCCCAUAGAUACGUGCCUUGGAUCAUUGUGGAUGGGUUGCCACUUUAUGAUGAUUACGAUAACUUCGAAAAGUACAUAUGCAAAGCUUAUCGCGGAGAGCUGCCAAGUGCCUGCCGAAGACUGCCUGUCUAUCUUGCCCAACAGAUGAGACCAAACGGAGCUGAGAGAAGUUCUACAGCAGGCCCCCACCGAUCUCUCUGCACUCCUACGCCGCCAACCCUUGUUCUUCCAGUAAGUUGCCGCAACCGUUCAUCCACCAGUAGGCCACUGCCCCCUGCUCUUUCAGUAGGCUGCCGGAGGCUGCAGUCACCAGCAGGCCAUCGACAGGCCAACGAACUCUCCCUGUAGCUUCCCUGCAAGUCACAACCACCACUGCCCUCGACAACGUCACUCCAACAACAAAACAACGAACUCUCCCUGCAAGCCACAACCACAACUACCCCUUACAAGCUUCCUCCAACUAAGAUUCGAUGCUCCUACCCUUGCUGAUUUGCUGCCAAUCCCUUCAACAGCAGCGAGUCACCACUCUGGUAUUCACCGUAGCCGCCUGCCUUUCACCUCUGCUCAGACUCCCUCCUCAUCAAGCUUGUUGUGUC